CAAUACAGUCAACGCGAAUUGGUGUUGCAAAAAGGCAGACCAGGCAGACUAUACUCCCUAAAAGUUUCUUUGUUACAACGAAUUAUGGUUUCAUUCAAGCAAGUUAUUGUUGACAGUGUUCCGUGAUGGUUUUACUCAACACCCAGAGGGAUAGCAACUGAUUGCGCUAUCAACUCAAGCUUAACGAGAUGGAGUUCAAGUACGCCAGCUGGAUCGUGCUUAGUGUGGGUGUUUCCAUCAACAUUCUCGGCUUGUUUUGGUUCGUCGCAAUCGUUUUUGGCUUGGUCGGCUUUCUCGUUGGGUUUUUGACGUUACUCUACCUGCAACAUGGUGACCUGGACAAGUUUCUCGACAGUGGAUUGCUCGAGAAUCCUCUGGAUGAACCUAAAACACUCGGGCUUAGUAUCGGGUGUCAACAUAUGUUGAUUAAUCUCAACGCUUUGUGUGGUAAUGUUGUUUCACUUUUCUUUGUUUCAAAUGUUGUUCGAUUGGUAUGUGCUCAGAAACCCAGUAAUAUGAUAUUAAUCGCACCCAAUAUAAAAGUUCAAACUGAAUCGACCAGAAAGUCGAAACAUCAUUUCGCUGGUGCGUCCUCGGAACAAGGCCGGCGACGAAACUUACUCGAUGCUGGUAUUGAAUUGCUUUUUAAGAAACGCACCACCGAUGCAACUGGCGGAAGUAACGGUUCUUGUAGCAGCACCAGUGUUGGUGCCUCUAGUGGCAGUGGGGGUGGCUUGAUUACCGACACUCUCAUGCACAAAGGUCAUCUGCAUUUCCACCAAAAGGAUAAUACCAUUCUAGAUAACACACGGAAGCCACCGAGCGGCUCGGCAAAGCAGCUACCUUCACCGACCGGCGAAGAUCGGGCGAGUCGGUGGAGACCAUUCGAAAGUAUAAAAAUUUAUACUGACAAAGGAAAAUCUACUCCCGAUCAACAACAGUUUGGCUUCCACGAGGGGUCGCACAUAGCGGACAAGCAUCAAGCUCGAAAGCGAGAAGUUGGUGCAAUUUCACUUGGUGAAGAAGCAACCGCUAGUUCAUCUUCGCCGUCACCGCUGGCUUCAUUCAAGUCAUACAUAAGCCACCCGGAAGUUCUGCUGCAUCGGGACUCGCCACCAGGUUCACCUCGGAAAAAGAAAAUACUCAGCGGAAAUAAAGCUGUCGACAAGUUGAUCCACACGAUCGUGGAUUAUGUCAUUCGAGAUUUCAUCAACUCGUGGUACACGGUCGUAUCGGACAGUCACGAGUUUAGUGAUACCAAUAUUCGUACCAGCGUGGAAACACUAAUCCUCAAGGUGUGCCAGCGUAUCAAGGUGGCCGAGUUGCUUCCACUCAUGACCACCAAAGUGAUAGAUGAUUUGGCCCGGCACACACGUUUCUAUCGGUUGGCCACUCAGGAUGUCAGUAACAGUUCCAAUUUGCCCAACCCGAGCGAUCAAAAGCGAAUGAAAAUCCACGAAAAGUUGUCCCCGCAAAAAAAGAAUCAUCGUGAUAAUGGGCACAGACGGAACAAAAGCGAAACCGAUCUAACGUGGCACUUGGGAAAUGCUGCUCUUCAGAAAAACGUAGCUAACUCGAAGUUUUACGGUGUGCAAGCAGAUGAACAGUCGCUAGUCGAUCCGGAAGUGAUGUUAUUGAACUCGUUUUUUGGAUUUAGCGACGAAUACAAACUGGAGUGUCUGGAUGAGAAUGCAUUGCUUGAGUAUUUUAAAAGAAUCGCCGAAACAGUAUUAUACUUCACCCUGCCAGAUGAGGAUUUUAACUGUUUAACACUAAGAACCUUUCUUUGUAACAUCCUGGCUAACAAUAUCCUCAAACCAAUGUUUGCCACUUUGACUGAUCCAGACUUCAUCAAUUUGCAAAUUGCAAAACACUUUACGAAAGAGUUGCCGAGCGGAGAGUUUCUGUUGAAAAUGAUUCGCCAGUCGAAUGAUCUAUCUGAAUUACGUGCUUGUAGGCAGCUGAUCACCAAAGAGAUGGAUGCCAAACAUAAGGAUGCAAGUUAUACGGCCGAGUUGGCUAGUUUGAAAUAUACGCAAAAAUUGAUCGAUCUAAGGAUUAGUAACCUUCAGAAUAACAAGAACGACAGAGGUAAAAGUGAGAAGGAAAAACCUGCGUCGAACCUGCCGUUACUAAGCUUGGACGACAUUCUACGCAAAGAGUUAGCCGUUUCAUACUAUCUGGAUUACCUAAGCGUUUUGAACCUGCAAAAAUAUGUGAUAUUUUAUUUGACCGCUCAAGAGUGGAAAAUAACAACGAGCCAAAGCUUUUCGGAUGUUCAAGUAAACAAAACUAAACUAAACCGAGAAGAAAUUAUGCGUAUCAUUCGGGAGAAAGCCAACAAUUUGUUUCAAGAGUACCUUGUACCCAAGUCGCCAAACUACCUGAACAUCGAUCCGGGUCUAAUCGAAACGUUAAGCAUACGAAUACACGAUACCUUCAUGCAACCGGAAAACACCUGGUUCGAUUCGAUCUGCAAGUACGUGUACGAAAAGCAGAAGAACGAGGAAGUCUUCCUGAGUAAUUUCUACCAAAGUUCGGCCUACAAGCAGCUACUGAGGGAAUUGGAUUUCAACAACGCACCCGACCAGGAAUUACCCUCGCUGGACCACCUGGGAGUGUCUAUGAGUUUGAUAGACAAUUUGAGUGACACCAAUUCGGGAGACUUGCGUUUUGACGAAACUGACGACGAUGAAGCUACCGGAACCGGAUCGAUCGGUGGCUAUUUUCAUAGUGAUAUUAAAGAAGAGCACGAUGUGAAAGCAAACCUUUUGCAAAAUACACGAAAAACCCCUACGGUGUCUGAUGCAAGUUUACUUCCGGCUGUUGUUAACGUGAAACAUGCCCGGUCGCAUAGCGAUUGUACAGGAAUGUACAGCACCAUUAACGAUAUUAAUAUAGAGCAGCUGAAGGGAUCCGAUUGUUCUAGUAACGAUUCGGGAAAUGAAUUGGCUGUCUCAACAGCUACCAAUUCUCCCAGUCCAUCGAUGAUUAGUCGCUCAACUGCGCAACCAUCAGUGGAAAUACAAAUCGAGCAAAAGUUGGAGGACGCUCAGGAUUUCAAGCAGAAACUUUCUGCAAAAAUUAUCAACACUGCGAUUCAUUGUGAAGGGCAUUAUGCCGUCUAUGCGAUUCAAGUGUGUGUCAUAGAUGAUAACCACCAAAAAAGUAGCUGGCACAUUUAUCGGAGGUACUCGAAAUUUUUGGAAUUGAAAAAAAAUCUGGUGAAACGGUUCCCGUUCUUGUCAAAGGUUCCGUUCCCGGCGAAGAAAACUUUCCAAAAUACACAGCGGGCGGUGUUAGAGCAUCGAAUGGAAGUCUUGAACAUGUUUAUGGACGAGAUUGGUAGCAAAGCCGAACAGAAUGACGAGAUGCGUUCGAUUGUGAGAAAUUUCUUGGAACCAGACACAGACGAUCGGAAGAUGCACGGUGGAGCUGUUGUUAAAACGAUUGAGAGCUUCAAAUCGGGGAUGAGCAAAAUUCGUAACAUGCCCGAUACAUUAGUUGGUGGUAUUUCCAGAAUGUUUCUGGGUAAAGGACCUCUGAAAGAGCGAACCUUCUACGAUAUUCAGGACAUACCAACGUUGGAAUCGAAACAGUCCGAGUAUCCAGCAUUAACGUCGGCUCUAAACUUGCUGGAUGAGGUGUUUGAUCUACAGAAUAAAUCUCAAUGGUUGCGAAGAGGCUUGAUCAACCGACUGCUUGGAGCCCCUUGGGUUAGUCAUGCGACGAAUAAAAGAAUCGUACAACUUGCUAACACGAUGCUAGCAACGGAUAAGGUGGAAGCGGUGCUAAUGGCUGUUUUAAACAACGUAUGGCCUGACGGUGGUCGCUUCAAUCCAAGCCCACCACUACGGGAGGACAGCACUAAACUGCGUACCAAAUUGGCGGCCAAAAUAGCCCUUUUCGCGCUUUUAUCCGACGACCUUAAGCACGUCGUAGGUUCCGUUACUUGCAAUACCGGGCUGCUCAAUUUUUUCCAAAUGUUGCAGAAUAAAAAAUUGAACACUCGCUUGCUGUUAAUUUUAAUGGAUCGGUUUCUGUUGCUGUUGUUCCAAAUCGACGACAUGACCAAACAUGCUCCCACAAGCACCGCUGGUACUUUGCGCGACAGUAGUGAGGACGGUGGGUCGGUUCGUAUCAAUUCACCGUCCGGGUCGACAACAGGCUCAAGAAAGUCCUCUCGGCACCACUAUUGAUGACAGUUGUACGGUACAGCAGUGUCACUGGUUUCGAUUUCCGAUAACAGUAAAACAUCAUAAUCAUUCCACCAAUAGUAAAAAUAGCGAACGACAUUUAAAAAAAAUAAUUCACAGGAAAACACAAUUAGGACACAAUUGUUGUACUACGUAUGAAUGAAAUUGAAAGAUGCUUUAUUUUAUUUUUCUAGCUGCCUUCUUUUCAAUUGCCUAAUAUUUCUCGAAACACAUUGCAUUUUUGUGCAUUGGCUGCUGAACAAAUUUGGGAAAACAAUCCUAUACCACCCAGAUGAGGUUUAGAUAAUUUUAUUUUUCCCGUUUUUGGGAGUAUUAUUUCUAUUAUUAUCAUUUGUUGCAUCAAAUUGCAGGUUUAAAUGAAUAGUUUUCGAUUAAAAACCCUGUCGAAACAUAUAUUAAAAAUCA